AGUGUGUGAAGUUAGGAGGAAAUCUCAAGCUGAAGAUGAUGAGGAUGACGAUGGUGAUAAGGCCUUCUUCUUCUUCUCGUCCUCCUGGUACACAGAUGCGUUCUCUUCCUCCUCUAUUCUUGUCUUCGUCACACAACAGCUUACAUUCCAGAUCCCCUCAUUUUAAUACCCUGGAUGAUGCCCUCUCUUCAUUUAAUCGAAUGCUUCAUAUGCAUCCUCCUCCCUCUACCGUUGAUUUCACUAAAAUUUUAGCCUCCAUCGCUAAAAUGAAACACUACUCCACUGUGCUUUCUCUUUCUACCCAAAUGGAUUCGUUUGGAAUUCCCCCGGAUGUUUACACUCUUAACAUCCUCAUCAACUCUUUCUGCCAUUUGCGUCGGUUGGGUUUCGCUUUCUCUGUUUUAGCCAAACUCCUCAAACUUGGUUGUCAACCCGACAAUACAACCUUUAACACUCUGAUUAGGGGGCUCUGCGUUGAGGGUAAAAUCGGUGAAGCCCUCCACCUGUUUGAUAAAACGAUUGGGGAAAGUUUUCAACCCGAUGUAGUUACGUAUGGAACUCUGAUGAAUGGGUUAUGCAAAGUGGGCAACACGAGUGCCGCUAUCAGGUUACUUAGGAGCAUGGUACAAAAAAAUUGUCAGCCAAAUGUAAUUGCUUAUAACACCAUCAUUGAUAGCCUUUGUAAGGAUAGACAAGUAACGGAGGCUUUCAACCUUUUCUCUGAGAUGAUCACGAAAGGCAUUUCACCAGAUAUUUUUACUUACAACUCAUUAAUUCACGCUCUAUGUAAUUUAUGUGAGUGGAAACAUGUCACAACACUGCUUAAUGAAAUGGUAAAUAGCAAGAUAAUGCCAAAUGUAGUUGUCUUUAAUACAGUGGUGGAUGCACGUAAAGAAGGAAUGAUCGCCAUAGCACAUGAUGUGGUUGACAUGAUGAUUAAGAGAGGUGUGGAGCCUGAUGUAGUCACCUACAUUGCAUUGAUGGAUGGACACUGUUUGCGAUCCGAAAUGGAUGAGGCCGCUAAAGUAUUUGAUACGAUGGUUCGUAAGGGCUGUGUGCCUAAUGUUCGUAGCUACAAUAUCUUGAUCAAUGGGUAUUGUCAGAUUCAAAGAAUGGAUAAGGCCAUGGGUCUCUUAGAACAAAUGUCUCUGCAAGGAUUGAUAGCUGAUACCGUGACUUACAACACUCUUAUACAUGGCUUAUGCCAUGUGGGAAGACUCCAGCAUGCAAUAGCACUUUUUCAUGAGAUGGUAGCCAGUGGCCAAAUUCCAGAUUUGGUUACAUACCGUAUUUUACUGGACUAUCUAUGCAAAAAUCAUCACCUUGCAGAAGCAGUGGUUUUGUUGAAAGCUAUUGAAGGUAGUAAUUUGGAUGCCGAUAUACUAGUUUAUAAUAUCGCCAUUGAUGGGAUGUGUAGAGCUGGUGAACUUGAAGCUGCAAGGGACCUCUUUUCCAAUCUCUCCUCCAAGGGUUUGCAGCCUGAUGUUCGGACGUAUAAUAUUAUGAUUCAUGGGCUUUGUAAAAGAGGUUUAUUAGAUGAGGCAAAUAAGUUAUUUAGGAAAAUGGAUGAGAAUGGUUGCUCGAGGGAUGGUUGCAUUUAUAAUACAAUUAUCCGAGGAUUUUUACGAAGUAAUGAGACAUUUGGAGCAACUCAACUUCUUCAAGAAAUGCUUGCAAAGGGAUUUUCUGCUGAUGUAUCCACUACGACCUUAAUAGUGGAAAUGUUAUCUGAUGAUGGAUUGGAUCAAUCUGUAAAACAAAUUCUACAUGGGUUUUUUAAGUAAAGAGUAAUGAUAUUCAUCAACUCCAAAUAUGGAAUUCUUGGAGGAUCCCACUCUUCUUUGUAGUUGUUAAAGACUUUUGAUUGUAUCAGCAAAUUUUUUGUAAGCAAAAGAGUUUAAUUUAUCAAAAAAUCAUGUUGCCAGA